UACGGGUUGUCCCUUACGGUAACUCCAGCAGUUUUAGAGAUUGGCAUUACACGAAGGUUAGAGGUCAACUGUUCCACUACAAUAACCACGGAUUCAGCGAUGGUCAGUUUAAUUUCUUUAAUCAUCUCAAGGUCAAGCACCAACCAAUCGUCAUUCACAGAACUGACCUCUAUAAAUGUUUUCACAUCUGACAGUCAAGUCAUGUUGGAUGUCAGUGAUGUCACAGGUUCUGGUAAAAUUGACAACAACGGUCUGUCAUACAUCAGACUGAAUUGGGAAUUCCCAGAUUCUAAUGUUUCUGGCAUAUACAGGUGUGAGGCUAAUGGAGUUGACCGUGCAGGACAUCCGGUGAAUUUGAAUACAUCACAGAUACUGUACUUUGUUCAACCAGAUAUUAACUCAUUGGUCAAACAAAUACAAUAUUUGACCAACUCUUUUGAAAAUAUAUACACAAUCGUCGAACAACAAAACAUAAACUUGACCAAUCGCCUUGCAGAAGUCAGUGCAACUGAACAAGAAUUACUAGCUGAAGAAAAUGUGUGGAACACACGCCUGGACAAAAUGAAACAUUUACUUUUUAAUAUAUCGACUAUAUAUGCAGGCCAUUACUAUAUGUUAUCUAGCAAACAUGCAGCAAUAGAACCUGAAACCGCCGAGGCAACAUGUGCUUUGUUUGGUGGGUACCUUGUGGAGAUUGACUCCUAUGACGAGAUGCAGUUUGUCAGAAAUUUUAUUUCAAGUAACCCAAACUUCAACCUGACGUUAACUGGGGGUAAUGACGAAGCUGUUGAGGGACAUUGGGUAAACAGACACAGCCGUACGGAUGUGGGGUAUCUAGAUUGGGCCAGCGGAGAGCCAAAUCAUGACGGAAACUGUAUAUAUCUGUCAAUGUCUCAUAUGAGUGACCGCCCCUGUUACUUAGCACAUGAAAUUUUCGACAUUACAUUUUUAUGUGAGGUCCCCCAAUAGGUUUCUUUUUAAACUUGAUUAUUUUAAGGUUGAAUUUUUUAAAAGACGGCUCAAAGUUAUAAAGUAUCAUUGGUUUGGAAAACUGUAGUAUUGAGCUGGGAAUAAAACAUUUAGCUCUAUAAAAUGUUCUUUAUAUUUGUUGUUGAAGAUUAAAUUAUAAUCUAAGAUUUGAAAUAGUUUUUUUUUUAACUUUAUGUUUUAAAGUUAAAAUGAAAGUUAUGUUUCUCUUUGCAGAUAAAAAUUGUCUUCUUUUAUCUCAUUCUUUUAGUUAGAUUUUUUCGUUCUGAUACUAAAAUACGUGUAUUGUAUGACAUAUACGUGUUUUAUAUAAGCACCUUGUUUCUUGUUUUCAGUAAACCUUUUCAUAUUACAGACUACACAUUAAUUAUGCAUUGUACUUUUUCAAAGCAAAUAAAUGUCAGUUGAAACUUCUGCAUGUUCUUUUAAUGCUAACAAUAUAUCAUUAAUAAAAUAUU